AAGUUGUGCUGUUUUCUGGGGAUCGUUUGCAAAGCUGUCCGCGCAAGGCUUGGAUUUUUUUUUUUUUUGCAAUGCUUCGAUUCUGGUGGCUCGUUGGGCUCUUCGUAGCUUACACAUCUGGACAGAAGCUAUGGGAUGUCCCCAUAUCUCCAGGAGAUCAGCUUGGCUCAGGAAAACUUCGAUGGGAGCCACAGUGCCAAUACCAAUUGCGCCACCUUCAGGACGGCGCUAGAAUUUCAGCUCUUCUACCACCCAGGUUGGAAGGACAUUGGAUUUCAACCGGGUGUGAGGUUCGACCAGGACCCGAAUUCCUUACCCGGUCAUAUAUGUUCUAUGCCAACCGCCUCUUCAAAGCCUAUCAGUUCUACUACCGCGACCCUUCCUGCCAGGACCCCACCUACUCCCUGGUCAUCAAAGGCAAAAUCAGGCUCCGCCAAGCAUCCUGGAUCACCCGGGGUGCGACGGAAGCAGAUUACCACCUUCACAAAGUUGGCAUCGUCUUCCACAGCCAGAGGGCCAUGCGGGAAACGGUUGUCCGCAUCAACCAGACUUCAGGAGGCCACUGCCGCGAGUUCUUGCCAGCUGGGCGGACUUGGGCUCCUGGUGCUCUGUACGAGCUUCUGAGUGCCAAAGCUGAACAGGAUUGUACCCCAGGCCUUGGCUUUGCCAUGCACGAACUUAGCCUUGUACGAGUGGAAAAGUUCCACCAGCCGAUGCUCCUCCAGCAAAACCAGGGGAGCAGGGAGGUGGAGGAGCUGUAUCUCGGGGACAUCCACACUGAGUGGUCAGAAAGACUCCAUUAUCGGCCGACGGGAUAUCAACGCCCCCUACAGAAUGCAAUGCAUCACAUCCACCCUUGCCCUGCCUGUGGGAUUAUUUACAGAGCUGAUGAACAUCACCCACCCAUAUUGCCAGUCAGGCCUGAGCUCCCCAUGCGGCUAAGCGGCCGCUGGGUCAGCUCUCGGUGCGAGGUCCGCCCGGCGGUGCUUUUCCUCACGAGGUACUUCACCUUCCACGGCAACAACCGCAGCUGGGAAGGCUACUACCACCACUACUCCGACCCUCUCUGCGAACAGCCCACCUUCACCGUGUACGCCUCGGGUCACUACACGCAGGGGGCCCCGUCCCUCAUCGUGAGGGGAGGCACUGAGCUGGUCUUCAAGGUGACUCACGCUCGUGUGACCGCCAUGGAUCAGGCGACGGUGGCGAUGCUAAACUCCUCUGACUUUGGAAGCUGCGGGGAGGCCGCCUCUUGGAGGGUCGGGCAGGAACUGGACGUGACCCACACAAACGGCUGCGCGGCUCUGGGGAUCAGGCUCCCCCAUACGGAGUACGAACUCUUCAGAAUCGAAGGGGACGCCAAAGACCGCAGCCUGCUCUUCAUCGGCGAAAGACCGACGGACGGGUCAAGCCCCAGCACUCCCAGCAAGAGGCCCACUUCAUACCAGUCUGCUCUCAUCCAGUGUGGGAUGCCCUCAGGAGCCUCGGCCAGACACCUCCAGCCCAGUUACCUGGGAAGAUUAGGAGAUGACAUUAACAGCGGAGCACUGAAAACGCUGCCUCGGGUGUCUGUGCUAGCGUGUCUCAUUGUACAGCUUCUCAGAUGGGACUAAAACGGAGAAUCCAGACAGCCUUAGCGUGAAGACAGUCGUGUAUCCACACCAAAAUGAGCCCAUUUUGGAAACAGUCUUGUUUUAUACCAUACAAAUACGUACACUAUCUUUUCUUGAUGGGCAAAGCCCUCACAUACGUGCCUAAGUGUGGACAGGUACACUCGAAUUGCUGUUUUUUUUUGUUUCUGAGGUAAAAGUCAUCAGGUGGCUUAAAUUGUACUUAACACACACAACAGUCACUCUGGAAUGAGUCUUACAGAAAUAGAUUGUUGUUUACAAUAUGUAACUAACAACUGUUUUUUUUAAAAAAAAGAAAUGUUGGAAUUAGAGAGCUUGGGAAUCUACCUUCCAUAGAAUAUGCCCCAUGGGUGGAAAUAUACACGUAUAUUAAAAUCCUUAUCCUAUGGCCGGGGUGGGGGGCUGAGGCAGGCAGCAGGGAAACAGAGUGUUAGAGCAGAUGGUUUACUCCAGUAAGCUGGAGAUCAGUGUGGCUUUGUAGACUGAACACACAAUGCCCCCUACCACUCAAAACCUUGUUGAGUUGUUCAUUUGACCAGCCCUUGGUGAUUUUAAGGAUUUUAAGAACACGGAUGUUUAAAAUAAAAGUAGUCCUCAGCACGAGGCCUAGAAAGGCGACAGCCGAGAAAGAAAAAGCGAGCGAACUGAAGAUAACCAUUUUAAAAAUUCGUCAUGGUUUAAGCCAGGCAGUGGAAGCUCCGUGGGCUGUGUUGACAGGCCACUGAGACUCAUACCACAUUUGUUGUUUACCCAGAACAAACAAAACUGCGGGAUUGUCAAGCAGGCCACAGUUCAUGGAUGAAGGCCACAAAUUGCACAGGCUUCAAUGUUAGCCUUGUAUGCAUAUGAAAUCUAAGGACUAACAGCACAUUGGUGUAUAUGUAUUGCUUGCAGGGAUCUUUGGCUUUUUAAUUUAUUUUAAAAUGAGAACUGCAGUUCGUUUGGAGGGGAGGUUUAAGCUUUCUGUCCAUAUUAUGAUCUCAC